GUGAGCACUAUAAAGUAUUCCAUUCAGGUCAGGUAGACGCUAGAAACUGAUAAUCUGGCUUCCGGAGGCACGAUGUCGCUCACUGUGAAAAACAUUUCUGUCAUUUACAAUCCUAUCAAUCAGAACAAUACUUUCACCAGCGGGGAUUAUAUAUCGGGACAAGUCAUUCUGGAUGUGGUGAAAGACACUCAAAUGCAGUCGCUGAGUGUGAAAAUUAAAGGGAAAGCAAAUGUUUGCUGGUCAGAGCAUUACGGUAAAACCACUGUUUGUUAUUCGGAUAAAGAAAAGUUUUAUUCGGUGGAGAGGUUUUUUGUUCGGACUGACACAAAACAAGGCACUGACCAUGAGAUGCUGAAGGAUCCAUCUGGACAGCCUUACUCUUCGGUGGUGGCCCCAGGUCGUCAUCUUUACCCUUUCACCUUUCAGUUGCCCUUACAGCACUUCCCAUCAUCCCUCAAAGGCUCAGUUGGAAAAGUUCUCUACACUUUGGAGACAAAACUAUGCCGAUCAUUGCGUGUGUCUAGCAAAGCCAAAGCAGAGUUUAACUAUGUUCCCAGUGCUGACAUUUCCAAUCCUGAGCUAAUGGCUCCUCAGUAUGGAACCAUAGAUAAACAAAUGAAGUUCUUCAACUCUGGGAAUGUCUCCAUGAACAUAAGCACUGAGAAAAUGGCAUACUAUCUUGGAGAGGGCUUAAAAGUUUUGGCCGAAAUUCACAAUGGCUCUUCCCGAAUAAUCAAGCCAAAGUACUGCCUGUAUGAAAAAUACAGUUUCUUUGCCAAAGGAAGGAGAAAAAUUCACACACAUGACCUUCUUAAAGAGGUGGGGGAAUCUGUUGAGCCAAACUCAAAGAAAACCAUCACCACGGUGCUGACCAUUCCUCCCAGCCUUACAGCCUCAAUCCUAAACUGUAGGAUCCUCAAGGUUGAGUACAGACUGAGGGUUUACCUGGAUGUGAAAUAUGCAUCAGAUCCAGAGAUCAAACUCCCAAUAGUGGUUCUUCCUCUUCAGCCUGUAUCAGGUGCAAAUGGCUCUACAAAAAGUGACUUUGGAAUUUGGAAUCAGCCACAGCCAGGCAGUGCAGGCCCCAACCCGCCUCCUACAGCUCCAUCAGCCCAAUCACAAAAUAUCGCUGGACCACCUGGUCAGCUUGGUGCUCCUGAUUACCCUGGACCUCCCGUUGGUCAGUUUUCACCUCCAAGUUACCCUGGACCUCCCCUGGAUCAAUUUGGGGCUCUUGCUUUUCCUGGACCUCCAGGUCAGUCCGCUCCCUCUUAUUACAGUGGAGCUCCGGGCCAGUUUGGUCCUUCAGUUACACAUCAGUCAAGCACAUCAGCUCCACCUCCAUAUCAGGAGUUUAAGCUUUAUCCACAGCUGCCAGAUCAGCCAGAAAAAUCUUGACAAAAUCAUUUUAGAAUCACCUCAUAGGCUCCUUUUAUUGUUGUGUUGUUUAAUAAAGUUUUAGUCGCACUGUAGUUUGGGGGACCAUUUCUCCCUUUUAAUGAACCAGUAACUAUGACUGGCGUAUUUGCUGAACGUCUGAUUUGAUGCUUAUUUAUAAUUUGGUUGGUAAUAAAUUUAGGCACAGGGUAGAAUUACAGGAUCUCAAAUGUGGUCAUGCAGAAUAAUAA